UCGGCGCGCGAAGGAGGGGACGGUUUGCCUUGGCAUGGCGGAGGCGCGGCCCGGCGCAGGUGCACUGAAUUUCAAUCCUGAUGCUGCUGAUUCCAUUCCAGGAGAAAGACAACCUGCAGAUAUAAACUGGGUAAAUAAAGAUAGGAAAGACUCUAAUGGCAGUCAGAAUAGAAGUAAUUUACCAUUUCCUAGUGUGUCUUCUGAAAGAGGUCCAGAUUAUGAAAGCUCUUCCGCAAAGCAUCAUGGCUUUUGUAAUCCAGAAAGUCAGUAUGGGAAUUCUGAAGACUUCCACCAAUAUUUGGGUACCAGUAAAAGUUUGAAGAAUCGCAGCUUGCAAAGCCAGAGAUGGCACAGGUCAAGAAACGAUAGCACAUGUACUAGAAGUAAGAUAAGGCAAAGUACUGCUGAUGCUGCUGCAGAUCCAGGAGUUUCAGGUGCUGCCAUAGUACCUGGGAGAAGAGCACCUCCCAGAGGGUACAAUGACUUUCUCUCCUCAGAGAGUGACAGGGAGGUACCUCAUGCAGAUAGCAGAGGAGCAAAGCCAAAGAAAACACAUCUGAUGCAUGCAUCUGGAAGAGGUUUCAGGGAGAAGGGAAAGCAAGUACAUGACCGGGAAAAGAGAGUGAGCUCUAAACAGAAAGUAGAGCUGUUUGAAAACGUUCCAUCAUUGGAUUUGACUCAGUCUGACUCUUCAGAAUCGUCUGUUGGAAAGGCAUUCUGUGAUGCGCCUGUUGGUAGCGGGGAUGAGCAGAAAGGCUACAAUUACGUAAACAAAAGAUAUCCCCGGAAGCCUGUGUGGAAUAAACCCCCGGUAGAAAAGGAGUGUCAGAAAAGACAUGAUUCUCACCGUAGUAAAAAUACAAAAGUAAGUAAGAAGUCUUCUCUUGCAUAUACUCCAAAAGAGAAAAAUGAGAGGAAGAAAGAACUCUCUGUUCACAAAAAUGAUGAAAACUUGACCAGUGAAAUCAGGCAUCAGUUGUCUGAUUCUGUCAGGUGUAAUGGAAGAAAGUUCCUGCUAAAGGGCGAUCAGGCACCUGCACUUCAUUUCAGCUGGACCCAGUACUGGAAAAAGCAAAGUGAUGUACCAAAAAACAAAGAAACUCAUACAGGGUCAUUGAUUGAACAGCUGACCACAGAGAAAUACGAGUGCAUGGUAUGCUGUGAGGUGGUCCGAAUAGUAGCCCCGGUGUGGAGCUGUCAGAAUUGUUACCAUGUAUUCCACCUGAACUGCAUUAAGAAGUGGGCACGAUCACCAGCUUCACAAGCUGAAGAUGGUAAUAGUGGUUGGAGAUGUCCAGCUUGUCAGAAUGCUUCUACGCAAGUUCCUAAAACUUACACUUGUUUCUGUGGUAAGGUGCACAAUCCUGAAUGGAACAGAAAUGAAAUCCCUCAUAGCUGUGGGGAACUUUGUGGGAAGAAGAGACAGUGUUUGGACUGUCCACAUCUUUGUAACAUCCUGUGCCAUCCAGGACCUUGUCCUUCGUGCCCAGCCUUUGUGACAAAAACAUGUGAAUGUGGACAAACAAGUCAUUCGGUUCGCUGUGGCCAAUCAACAAAAAUCCAUUGUUCUAAUGUAUGUGGAAAUACUUUAAACUGUGGUAAGCACAGCUGUACUCAAGUGUGCCAUGCAGGAAAAUGUUCACCUUGCCAGUUAACAGCACAGCAAGUGUGCUACUGUGGAAGCAGCUUUAAAGAAGUAUUGUGUGGGACAAAGGAAGAAUUCUCUGAUGGAUUUGGGAAUUUCUCAUGUCAGAAUAUAUGUGGCAAAAAAUUAAAUUGUGGGAGGCACAACUGUACGCAAGUAUGCCAUCCUCAGCCUUGCCAGCUCUGUCCACGACUUCCACAAGUAGUGUAUCGCUGUCCCUGUGGUCAGACUCCUCUCAGCAAGUUACUGGAACUAGGAUGUGUUGAACGUAAAAUAUGCACAGACCCUAUCCCGUCAUGUGGGAAAACAUGUGGCAAACCUCUUUCAUGUGGUAGCUAUGAAUUCAUUCAUACAUGUGAAAGCCUUUGCCAUGAAGGAGACUGUAGACCGUGUUCUCACACAUCAAACAUUUAUUGUAGGUGUGGCUUCAAAAAAAAGGAAGUUCCAUGUGCUCUCCUCAGAAAUAAAGCUGCUAUUACAUUCAUGUGUGACAAGCGAUGCAACAAGAAAAGAUCAUGUGGACGACACAAGUGUAAUGAAGUUUGCUGUGUGGACACAGAACAUAAGUGUUCUUUGGUUUGUGGUCGUAAACUCAACUGUGGGCUUCACAGAUGUGAAGAACCCUGUCACCGGGGCAGUUGUCAAACAUGCUGGCAAACAAGUUUUGACGAGUUAACUUGUUAUUGUGGUGAAUCCGUGAUUUACCCCCCUGUCCCCUGUGGCACUCAGCCACCAGAGUGUAAAAAAACAUGCACCAGGCCACAUGACUGUGAUCAUCCAGUGUACCAUUCGUGUCACAGUGAGGAGAAAUGUCCACCCUGUACCUAUCUCACUCAGAAGUGGUGUAUGGGCAAGCAUGAACUGCGAAGUAAUAUUCCUUGUCAUCUCACUGACAUUUCCUGCGGACUUCGCUGCAAUCAAAUGUUAAAAUGUGGAAUGCACAAAUGUAAAAGAAUCUGUCAUAAAGGAGAAUGUCUUAUAGAUGAAGAGUGUAAACAGCCAUGUAUUAUUCCGAGGCUAUAUUGUAAUCAUCCCUGUAUGGCUCCGUGUCAUCCCUCUUCACCCUGCCCGACAACAUCCUGCUGUGCAAAGGUUGAUCUUCAGUGUGAAUGUGGAAGAAGAAAGGAGAGUAUGAUUUGCUCAGAAGCAUCUAAUACAUAUCAAAGAAUAGCUGCUAUAUCUAUAGCCACUAAGUUAACAGAUCUACAGCUUGGGGAUUCAGUGGAAAUCAGUAGGCUUAUUACGAAAAAAGAAAUGAAGCAGGCCAGGUUGCAAUGUGACGAAGAAUGCUUAGCUCUUCAGAGGAACAGGCGUCUUGCUGAGGCUCUUGAAAUAGAUGAUAAUUCAGAUCCUUUUAACAUCCGUUCUUCUGGACCAAAGUACAGUGACCUUUUAAAAGAAGAUGCGAGGAAGGAUUUAAAAUUUGUCAGUGACAUUGAGAAGGAAAUGAGAAUGCUUGUGGAAGCUGUGAAUAAGGGCAAGCAUACAAAGAAGAGCCAUUGUUACCCACCAAUGAACAGAAAUCACCGCAGAAUCAUCCAUGAAUUAGCUCAGGUUUAUGGCAUUGAAAGUGUGAGCUAUGACAACGAACCAAAGCGUAAUGUUGUUAUCACUGCAGUGAAAGGGAAAUCCAUUUGUCCAAGCAAUACCUUAACUUCUGUGCUAGAUAAAGAAAUGCAGAGCAGACCUCCACCUCCUAUUCCUCAUUACAAACAAACAGAUAAGAGUAGUGGAAACAGUGGUUUAUCCAAGCCAUUGAAAGAAGAGCCGGUAAUUGACUACUUUGAUGUCCAGGACUGAAGUGAUUGAUGUAGAAUUACGAUAUAGAAGCUUAGAGGGGAAGAUACUAAGUUACUGUGUGAGGCGCUUUUUGGUUAUCUGUCAAAUGAUCAGUUGUUCAGGAUAUUCAUGAUUUAACAUCUAAAGUUAGAGUGAUUGUGAUACUUUAAAAAGUUAUACAUUUUUACAGUUUACAUAACUGCAUAAUACCUAACAGUAGUAUAGCUUUUUAAACCUGGGUUUGGUGCAAUUUUUUUAUCUCAUGUGCUGUCAGAAUGAUGUAGAUUUCCAUUGAUGCCUUUAAAGCGAGGGAAGUGGUAAUCGAAUAUAUUUUUGGGGGUAGUAAGAACAACAAUAAAUCUCGAAGAUUUAUUUUGACAUAUCUCACACAACUUUAAAAUGGACCAGAAAUAAUCUGUGUUAAAAACACUGAUGG